UUUCAGAAUCAUUCGAAAAAUCAAAUAGAGUCACGAACGACGUUUCGUCUUUUUCACUGAUGAUUCCACGGAGAAGUUGUUGGCUCAUACUUCUUCUUAAUUUAUUAAAUGUUCAAUCAUUAUUAGAUGCUUCUUGGUGGUCAACAGUUGCACAAUUGUCAACUGCUUUAGCAGGGCAUAACGUGAAGCCUGUAUGCGAAUUACCCGGACUUUCGCCUGGUCAAGCUCAAGUAUGUGAGCUUUUCAAAGAUCAUAUGCCAGCUGUGAGCAUCGGAGCACAAAAUGCUAUUCAGGAAUGUCAACGACAAUUCACAGGUCAUCGAUGGAAUUGUUCAACACACUACAGUACAGGAAUGCUUGGACCAAUUCAUAAAAUGGCAACACGAGAAGCUGCAUUCACAUACGCAAUUCUAUCAGCUGGAGUUACACAUGAAAUUGGAAGACGGUGCAAACAGGGACUUUUAACUUCAUGUGGAUGCUCUGAUGAGACUAAACCAAAAAAUGUUCCAACAGAUUGGAGUUGGGGUGGAUGUGGAGAUAAUGUUGAAUAUGGUUACAAGUUUUCGAGAGAUUUUAUUGAUAUUCGAGAGAAAGAACACGAUCCAAAGAGAAAUCACGAUAACGGUAGAAGUUUAAUGAAUCGAAGAAAUAACGAAGCUGGAAGAAAAAUUUUGAAACGUCAUCGAAAACCAAAAUGCAAAUGCCAUGGAGUUUCGGGUGCGUGCAACAUGAAAACCUGUUGGAUGCAACUUCCUUCGAUGGAACAAGUCGGAAAAAUCUUGAGGAAUAAAUAUGACAAAGCAAUCAGAGUUCAGAUCAAUGAUAGAGGAAAUUUGCAACUUCUAGCAGAUGAAGCUACAAAAGAAAGAAAAACAAGAGCAUUGCCAACGGAUUUAGUAUUUAUGGAUGAUUCACCUGAUUACUGUAGAUUUGAUCGACAUUCUGGAACGUUAGGAACUGAAGGAAGGGUUUGCAAACGUGGCUCGGGUGGAGCUGAAGGCUGUGAUAGCUUGUGCUGUGGACGAGGAUAUAAUACCUACACUCAAGAAGUAAAAUCAAAAUGUAAUUGCAAAUUUGAAUGGUGUUGCAAAGUGGUAUGUCAAACUUGCAAUAAUGUGACACAAGUGGAUAUUUGUAAAUAAUUUUUCUUUAAAUUUAUUCUCCUCUCAAACUCAGGAUUUUUAAAACUGUUUUCUCUUUGAACUCUUCCGAAUCCCGCCAAAUCUUAGCCCGUUUGCUCAAUUACUUAUGCACUUGAAUUCGAAACACUCACAACUUUCAAUCAAUCACAAAUAUUUCCUGUUACAUUCCUCAUUUCUCAUUUUUCUGUUGAUUUUCUGAAAUUUAGAGUUGUCUUGGCAACAAAAUCAAAAAGAAACUAAUCAAUAAUGUAUUUAUUUCAACAAAUAAACAACUUAAAUACAAUU